CCGAAGCUACUUAAAAGCUCCCGACUCCCGCCUGAAGCUACGUUGCUAGUGGGUAACUGCGCACUAAUUGUAUGUUUGUGUUAUGUGCAGUUGUGGGAGGUCUACAGCAAUGCUGUUCAAAGUACAGUACAAAGGAAAGAAGAAAUACGUCAAACUAAAUGGAGCCUCACAUUCAGAAUUUCUCAAGGAGGCUAAAAUGAAGUUCAGUAUACCCAAUGAAAAAGACAUAUAUGUGCUGGAUGACACUGGAACAGAGGUCGAUGAAGAGGUAUUCAGUGACAUUCUGGAGGAAAAAACAGACAUCCUAUGGACAAUUGUCGACACUCUUUCAGUCACUGACUCUCCUGCAUCUUCAUGCACGGACACCUUGUCACUAUCAUCACGCUCAUCCGAGAGUGAUACUUUUCUGAUGUCUCCAAAAAGACAGCACAUUGAUGACACCUUUCUGAUGUCUCCAAAAAGACCAUGCAUUGAUGAUGACAUCCCAAAGUCCCAAAAGAGUCAACAUAUUGAUGACAGGUCUUCACAGGCCAAAGAGCUUGUCAAGAGAGUUCUGGAACAAAAGCCUGGAGGGGAGAAAAUACUUAAAGAAUAUGCAACUAAGGGAGAGAUGAAGGAUCGAACACGCCGUGAACUUGUCAACAUUGUUGUUGCUGAUAUGUUGGAAAAGUAUGGAAGUGCUCCGCCAAAGGACAAAAGAACACAAUAUGCAUUGGGGAUUGUAACACUGUUCCCUGCUCUGAAAGAUCCCUAUUCGAAAAAGGGCUAUCGAUGCAGCACAGUGCUUACAGUUUUCCCAAGGUUCCUUGACACAAAAGGCCUUGUUCUACAAGACUUUGAGCUGUUGUUUGGAGCAGAGACUUCAUCAAAAUUCUUGGAGAAAUGGGGAACACUCCUGAAGGCGAAAGUAAUUGAACAAGCCAAAAACCUCAGCAAAACCCCGCACCUUGACUAUCUCAUUCAGUCUGCAGACGAGAACCCUGAUGAGGAUGGAGAUGAAGAGGUCCCAGGUUGGGAUAGUGACAUGGCCUCAGUUCUCCUGCUUGUCUACCUCCUGCCACCAAGUGGAAAGAAGGGAGCCGUGAAGAUCAGUAUCCGGGAAGCUGUGGAUCGCGUAGUGAAGUUUCAUAAGUCGGGCCGAAGCCUACAAGAACACUCUGGUCCAGCCCAGCGGAGGCAGCCCUACAUCCUGGCAGUUGGCAUCACAAGAAAAAACAUCCAUGAUUACUACAUUGCGAUGGAUGGUGAGCUCCUUCCCUGCAAGGCCGGGUCUUCCCUUUCAGCCUUUGAUGAACUGUUCAAGACGCAUUAUGUGUUUGGGAUCUCCUAUGACCAGGCCUUAAACAGCCUGUACACAUUUGUGCAAACCACUGUCUACAAUAUUGAUGUGGGGCUUUCUCGCGAAACUCCCAGAGUCAAGGACCUCAGAGCAAAGCUCCUCAACUCACGUUGUGAUGUAUAA